AGCAGCGGCGGCGGCGCGGACGUGCGCAGCGGAGGUUUUGCUGGUUUCGGACCCCAGCGGCCGGAUGGUGAAAUCCUCCCUGCAGCGGAUCCUCAACAGCCACUGCUUCGCCAGAGAGAAGGAAGGGGACAAAGCCAGCGCCAGCACUCACGCCAGCCGCACCAUGCCGCUCCUCAGCCUGCACAGCCGCGGCGGCCGCAGCAGCGAGAGUUCCAGGGUGUCCCUCAAUUGCUGUAGUAACCCGGGUCCGGGGCCUCAGUGGUGCUCCGAUGUCCCUCACCCACCCCUGAAGAUCCCAGGUGGGCGAGGGAAUAGUCAGAGGGAUCACAAUCUUUCAGCUAAUUUAUUUUACUCUGAUAAUCGGCUGAAUGUAACAGAGGAACUAACGUCUAAUGACAAGACGAGGAUUCUUAACGUCCAGGCCAGGCUCACAGAUGCCAAACACAUCACCUGGAGAGCAGUGCUGAGCGGCAGCAGCCUGUACAUCGAGAUCCCAGGCGGCGCGCUGCCGGAGGGGAGCAAGGAUAGCUUCGCAGUUCUGCUGGAGUUUGCUGAGGAGCAGCUCCAUGCUGACCACGUCUUCAUUUGCUUCCACAAAAACCGAGAGGACAGAGCUGCAUUGCUCCGUACCUUCAGCUUUUUGGGCUUUGAGAUUGUGAGACCAGGGCAUCCCCUUGUCCCCAAGAGACCCGAUGCUUGCUUCAUGGCCUACACGUUUGAGAGAGAGUCUUCAGGCGAGGAGGAGUCGUGACAGCUUGGCCGCCUCACUGGCCUCUGCAGGGACGGGCAGGUGGGAGCCCCCGCGGCGGUCCCUGCAGUGGGGUGGCGUGCAGCCUCGCUCAGCUCUUAUGGGUUUGUCCGCAUGUUGUAAUUGUGCAAAUAAACGCUCACUCCAAAUCAGCGGUAUAUUUCUUGAAGUUUAAUAUUGUGUUUGUGAUACUGAAGUAUUUGCUUUAAUUCUAAAUAAAAAUUUAUAUUUUACUUUUUUAUUGCUGGUUUAAGAUGAUUCAGAUUAUCCUUGUACUUUGAGGAGGAGUUUCUUAUUUGAAGUCUUUUCGGAACAGUCUUAGCUCUCUUACCUUGGAAAGAUAGAUGUUAAUCUACCCUUCUGUUGCUCAGAAAUCUGAAUAAAAGUGAUUAUGCCUCCAA